CGGCGCAUGCGCAGAGCGGUGGGUCUCCCCCACAUUGAGCUGCUGAACUCUCGGAAGUUUACCAAGUUGUUGCAGUGAUUUAGCCCGACAGGCUAGCAGCAGAAAACACGGUCCCAUCGCACAAAACUUGGUUUCGACGAGGAAAAGCGCAGAGGAAAGAUGGAGGAUCUGCUGGAGUAGCAGCGGGCUAACGCUAGCUGGUGGUCGGUUUACUCUGCUCGGUUACAACGUAGUGGGUGUCCGGAAAGUUUGGAGGCUGUUAAUCCCACACACUGACGAUAGCUGCUGUUCAUGUUUACAGAUCAACAAAAGCAUGAGAGUCCCUCAGGCUCCGAGGAUGGGACCAGGGCUACAGGAGGCAGGAUCUAGACGUCAGAUGGUGCUCUGAAGAAGCCAUGGGUAGCUGUUUAAGCUGUCCAGAGAAAGAGUCAAUUCCAGAUAAUCAUCACAGUAAAUUCAAGGUGAUAAACGUGGACGACGAUGGGAACGAGUUGGGCUCAGGUGUGAUGGAGCUGACCGACGCUGAGCUCGUGCUCCACACUCAUCGUCGCGACGACGUCAGGUGGCCUUACCUGUGCUUACGGCGCUAUGGCUACGACUCAAACCUGUUCUCGUUUGAGAGCGGGCGGCGCUGCCAGACGGGUCAAGGUAUUUUUGCCUUCAAAUGUUCUCGUGCUGAGGAGAUCUUCAACAUGCUGCAGGAGGUGAUGCACAGCCACAGCAUCAGGGUGGUUGAGGAGGCCGUGCUGGAGCCAGUCCAGCAGGCAGCACUCACUCCUGCAGCUCUGGGUUACUCAGUGCCCACGGUGCCUAACGGAGUGACCAGGAUCCCGUCUGUGGGCGAGGCCCCGUCUCACCCCUCCACCCGUCACCCGUCUGUGGCCUCCACCCGCCUGCCCUCAGUGGGAGAAGAGUCCACUCACCCCCUGCUGGUAGCUGACGAGGCGGUGCACACCUACGUGAACACCACAGGGCUCCUGGAGGAGCAGCCCAGCCCCCUGAUCGUCACUACGCCUCUGGAGAGUCCCACCUCUCCUCAGUGUCCUCCGACCCCCCCGCCUCCUCCGAGGGUCCGCUCCGAGCCCCCCGCCCCUCCAGAGCCCAAGGUGAUGCUGGAACCUCAGGGUGUGCGCUUCGUGCUUGGGCCCACCCCCGUGCAGAGGCAGCUGAUGGAGAAGCAGCAGCAGGAGGCCCAGGGGGGGGAGGAGGAGCCCCGAGAGACUAACGGCCACGCCGAAGCCGAGCCAGAGCCCGCCCCUCCGCUCUCCAACGGCUCAUCCACUAAUCCCUCCGCGGCUCCUCGUCGCCACCGCCGCCCCCCCCUCACCCCCGACCUGCAGAAUGUCAAUAACUCAGCCCAGCGGCGCACCGCCCUACUGGACUAUGAGAACCUGCCGGCGCUGCCGCCGGUGUGGGAGGCGAGGAAGCCGAGUUCUGAGGAGGACGAGAAUGGCUGCGUCCUGAAGACGCCGUCGCUCAACGGCUACAACCACCAACACGGCGUGCUGCAGCACUCCUACUCCCACCCCAUGUCCGCUGCCCUCGAGUCCUCGCACAAUUACGUCAACACCGAGAACGUGACGGCACCGCUCAGCGCCCACCGGCCCGACACGGCCCGGCGCCGCACCGAUGGCCCGACUAUAUUCAACUUCGACUUCCGCCGCCCGGCACUGCCGGGCCACCUGGAACCACCCAAAACGCUGAACUACAUCGAGGUGGAGAUGGACAGCAGCGCGGGGAACAAGGGUGCGUCGGACGGCAGCAACCCCCACACGCCGCGCACCCCCACCUCCCCGCUGCCCCCCACCACACCCACCCGCCGCACCGAGCUAUACGCACUCAUCGACAUCGAGCGCACCGCCGCCAUGUCCAACCUGCAGAAGGCCAGGCCGCGAGACGAUGGCACGUCACGCAAAACGCGACACAACAGCACGGAGCUGCCCACCAAAAGCACUGCGUGACACGCACCCGCCACUUCCUGUUAACCCUUCGUGUUGUUUAUACGCUGACGGAGACGCAGUGACUCCUCCUGACACACGAGAUAAAGACUUCCUGUCAGGCGGAGCGUCAGGUAAUCAUUCCUCCUCUUGUAUGGUACAAAUCAGUAUUACUGAACAAAGCAUUCCAUUUAGCCUUUUAUAUGAUUCACUACAUGCUGCUGUAGCUCCGAUAUAAGGACGACAUGGUACAUUAUGUUUCUGAGUAUGUACAGUAGAUUCUGGCACAAUAAAUGUCUGUUCUGUUUUUAUUUGUA